AUGUUUACUGUUGGACCCAGUACAACAUUGACUCCCUUUAAUUUGGCUUCUGCAGCCAGGAAUUUUCCAAUCGAGCUAACAAACUCUUUAUCGAACAUUGCCCCAAUUCCUGUCCCACAAGGAAUACAUGAAGCCGGAAUUGCAUCAAACAAUUUGGUUCCCCUGAUACCAUUUGGCCCAUCGGACACUCUAAUCGAAGGAACACCAAAGUUGUCUAAAGGCUUAGUAUGCCAAAAGUCCUCUCCGGAUAGAAGAGAGACCUUCUCCCCUAACGAAAGCUUGGAGAGAACCUCUUCGACAUCAAACAUUCUUCCUAGUGUGUAG